UGCAGAUAGCUGCACCGAUUUACCCCCCAAUGCAGCAAAGGGCCGGUCUCGCAAUGCAUGCGCCAGAGCGGCGGCGGGGGGGAAGGAAUGCACUGCUGCAGGAGUGUUAACUUCAGGCAAUAGCUCGGGCCCGGAGAUGUACCGGGAUCUGCAGAGGCCCAAGUUUGUCAGCAGAGUUGGAGUUUGAGAAUUUGGACAUCUCCUUGUGUGUGUGCUUCUCUAUCUCUUUCCAGAUCAACGCGGCGGGGAAGGCAUGUCCUACACCUUACCCAGUGUUGUUUUUCAACAUUAUCCUGGGAAUUGCAAAGGAACAGGAUACGUCACAGGGCUCAUUGGACAGCAGUGGAUCACGGAAGAUGCCUAUUGAAUUGAAUGACGUUGUCUUUGUGAUUCAGAGUCAAAAGCAAUCUUUCCAUGCAAACCAAGCAGCAAAACUGAAACAAGACAUCUUUCAGCAGGCUGAGAUGUUUAGUCAAUAUCUGCCAACUGUGCUGUUGAUUCAUGAAUUGAGCAAGCAUGAAGGAGCCUGGACAAUCAUCCCCAUUAUACCAUACCUUGCUUCGACUUACGGCAAGAAGUCCUGGAUUUUCUUCUGUGAAGAACAAACUAGGGUUAAAAUAACAAAGCUGCUGGAGGUCCUUCGUAGAUACGACAAGAGAAAGGAGUGGUUCUUAGGAAAGGCAUUACAUGAUGAACAAUCGACAAUCAUUCAUCAUUAUGCGUUUGCUGAAGAUCCCGUAGUUUUUAAGUACCCCGAUUUUGCUGCAGGCUGGUCUAUGAGCCUUCCACUUGUCAACAGACUUGCAAAACAAUUGAGGAAUGAAAAGCCUUCUUCGGAUUUUACUAUUGACUUGAAACAUGAGAUUGCACUUUUUAUUUCACAAAGGUCUAAGGGUCCCUCGCUGACACCGGUGAGAGAGUUUUGUACGGAAGAUGUAACCUCAUCUGAAGCAGCCAACUGUGCCACCACAUUUCAUACCUAUCUUCCAUUCUGUGGUAAAUUAGUAGAGAAGGAAAACAUCUUUUUUGCAGUAAAAACCUGCCAAAAAUUCCAUCGGGAAAGAAUACCCAUUGUCAAGAAGACAUGGGAAAAGGAAGUAGCCCUGAUAGAAUACUACAGCGAUCACGUGGACGAUUCAAUCCCGACGCUGUACCUGGGAAUACCAAACACUGAAAGAGGGCACUGUGGCAAAACAUUUGCAAUUCUUAAACGAUUUGUUAGUAAUGCUGUUCCUGAGGUUCCCUGGCUUAUGAUUGUGGAUGAUGACACUUUGAUAAGCAUUCCAAGGCUCCAAAGAUUACUCAGCUGCUACGACCCAAGUGAGGCCAUCUUCCUCGGAGAGCGCUAUGGAUAUGGACUGAGCACUGGUGGAUACAGCUAUAUCACAGGAGGUGGAGGAAUUGUCUUCAGCAGAGAAGCAGUAAAGCGAUUACUACACAGUGGGUGCAGCUGCUACAGUAACGAUGCUCCCGAUGACAUGGUUCUGGGAAUGUGCUUCAGUGGCCUUGGAAUCCCCGUCACCCACAGCCCGCUUUUCCAUCAGGCACGACCAAUGGACUAUUCGAAAGACUACCUUAAACAUCAAGUUCCAAUUUCAUUCCAUAAACACUGGAAUAUUGAUCCAGUUGAAAUCUAUUCCACUUGGUUGGCAAAUGAAGAUGGCUUCAAAUUACACCAAAAAACACAGAGAACUAAGAAGGAAAGGGAAGAUUUAUAAAUAGUUCCCUUAAUCUUAACUAAGUCUUUGUAUGUAAGAUGCAUUCUGAUUAUGAAGACAGCCUCAAAAGGCGUACUUUAUUAAUUUUUCAUUAUUCUUUUAUAUUGCAAAGUUAAAUAUAUUUGUUAUUUCCUUGGUCACUCUUUAAAUUUUUGAAAAGUUUUGUGCAAUCUAUGCUUUUCUAAAAAUGUUGAAAAAGUUUGUCUAGUUUUGUAAAAAUAAAAUCCAGUCUAUAUAUAA